UAAAUCCAGAAAAACGACAAAUCUCAUCCCACCAUCCAUGUAGCAUUGAGUAAAACUGCAGACGAAAGACUUUUGGAGGAAACAACAAAUCCCAUUAUCCCUACAGCAUUGAGUAAAACUACAGAUCUUUGGGGGAACGACAAACGCCAUCAUCCGUGUGGCAUUGAGUAAAACUGCAGACGAAAGACUUUUGGAGGAAACAACAAAUCCCAUUAUCCCUUCAGCAUUGAGUAAAACUACACAACUUUAGGCGAACGACAAACCCCAUAAUCCGUGUAGCAUUGAGUAAAACGGCAGACUUCUGUGGGACUACAAAUCCCAUUAUCCGUGUAGCAGUGAGUUAAAGUGCGGGGGCGAAAGACCUUUGAGGGGAAAACUACAAAUUCCAUUACCUUUGUAGCAUUGAGUAAAACAGCAGAUGAUAAUAAUAAUAAUAAUAAUAAUAAUAAUAAUAAACAACUUUAUUUGUACCCCGCCCCAUCUCCCCGAUGGGGACUCGGAGCGGCUUACAUGGGGCCAAGCCCGAACAACAAUUACAAUAAAGAACAACCGAACGCAAACCGAAAACGCAAACAAUAAACAAUAAACAACAUCAUAAUUACAAAGAACAUAUGAAUAUACAACAAUAUAAAAUUACAAUAAACACAAACGCAGUGACAAUGGGCGGGUCACAUGUAAUGGUUAAAAGAAGAACUAAUUAAAACUAGUUAAAAAAACUCAGUGAGAUAAAAGAGAAACAGAUUGUUUGUGGAGGAGGGCUCAUUAUGGUGGGAGUUGUGGAAUCAAGCUUUCCCACAAGGGGGAAUAUAUACUCCAGUGAUAGAACAUUGAAAGGCUUUGGGGAAACCACAAAUCCCAUUAUUUACUGCAUUGAUCAAAACUACAGACCUUUGGGGGAACGACAAACCCCAUCAUCCGUGUAGCACUGAGUAAAACUGCAGGCUUAUGGGCGACCACAAAUCCCAUUAUCUGUAGCAUUGAGUUAAACUGCAGACAAAAGGCUUUGGGGAAACCACAAAUCCCAUUAUCUCCACAGCCUUGAGUAAAACUGCUGACCUUUGCGGGGAACUACAAAUCCAUGUAGCAUUGAGUGAAACUGCAGACCAGGGAAAUGACAAAUCCCAUCAUCUGUGUAGCAUUGAGUAAAGCUACAGGCAAAAGAUCUUUGGGGAGACGACAAACCCCAUCAUUCCCCUAGCAUGGAGUUAUAGUAUGGGCAAAAGAGCUUUGGAGAUGAUGGCCUAGGCCUAAGAAUGGAAGUUGCCCUUUACUUUCUCUAGACCAGGUACGCGCUAAUUUUGGCCCUCCAUGUGUUUUGGAUUUCCACAAUUCCUAACAGCUGGUAGGCUGUUAGGAAUUGUGGGAGUUGGAGUCCAAAACACCUGAAGGUCCAAAACACCCAAGUUGGCCCAGCCCUGGCCUAGAAUGAGAGCUAGAGGUGAGUUGGAGGCCUCUCAUUGCCCUGGAUCCAAAGUCCACUUGCGUCAUGAUGACGGCCCAAGGGCAGGCAGGUAAGCAGGAAAUGGAGGCUGGCCCUUUAAAAAGGCCCCACUGCCCAGGCCUCCCAGCUCCAGCCCAGUCACUCCCUAGGAAGAAGAAGCAAGGUCAGUUCAGAUCAAACGCUCUUUGUGAGAAUGGAUUACGCCAAAAAGUCGCUGUCCCUUCUCUCCCCGCAAUCCCUUUCCAAGUGCGUCUUGGCAGGGGCUCCUCCUUCUCCGCCGAGGCCCCGCCCUUUCCGGGUGACCAACCGUGAGCGCUCAGUGCGCAAAGGCAUAGUGGCCGAGAACCUGAGGGACCUCCAGGAGAAGGUGCGUCACACCUGGGCCCUUGCCGGGGAAGCCCACCUCGUCUUGGAGGAGGAUGGCACCAGUGUAGAGACAGAGGAGUUCUUCCAGACGCUGGAGGAAGGAGCGGUGCUCAUGGCCCUGGCCAAAGGGCAGGAAUGGCGACCGGAGAAGACGCCUGGCUACCGGCUUGCUCUUUCCCAGAAGCCCCGGCACCGGAUUGACGUGGCCCGGCUGACCUUUGACCUCUACAAGACCAACCCUCAGGACCUCAUUGGCUGCUUGAACAUCAAGACGACACUCUACGGGACAUACAGUAUGUCCUAUGACAUGCAAUGCUACGGGGCCAAGAGGAUGAUGAGGGAAGCUCUCCGCUGGGCGCUGUUCACCAUGCAGGCCACUGGCCACGUUUUGCUGGGCACUUCCUGUUAUGUGAAACAAUUGCUGGAUGCCACAGAGGAGGAGAAAGCAGAGGAAGAGGUGGCGCUGCGUUGCCCAUCACUUCGGAAGAUGCUCCUGUGAUAAUUCACCAGUUUGAUGGUCAUAGCUUGAUUGAUCAGCUCUUGGGGCACACCAUAGCAGGCCUGCUGUUUUACUUGCAGUUAUGUUUUACAGCUAUUUUACUCCAUGCUACACAGAUGACGUGGUUUGUGGUUCCCCCAAAGGUUGUUUGCCUGCAGUUUCACUCAAUUCUACAUGGAUGAUGGGAUUUGUAGUUUCCCCCAAAAGCCUGCCAUUUUACUCAAUGAUACAUUGAUGAUAAAGUUUCUAGUCCCACAAAGGCCUGCAGUUUUACUCAGUGCUACAUGGAUAAUGGGAUUUCUAGUUUUUCCUCAAAGGUCUUUCACCCCCGCACUUUAACUCAAUGCUACACAGAUAAUGGGAUUUGUAGUUCCCCAAUGGUCUGCAGUUUCACUCAAUGCUAUAUGGAUGGUGGGGUUUGUUGUUUUUCCCAAAGGCCUGCACUUUUAUUCAGUGCUACAUGGAUGAUGGGAUUUGUAGUUCCCCCAAAAGCCUGUCGUUUUACUCAAGGAUACAUGGGUGAUAGGGUUUUUAGUUCUCUCUAAGGUCUGCAGUUUGACUCAAUGCUAUAGGGAUAAUGGGGUUUGUAGUUUUUCCCAAGUCUUGAGGACUACAAAUCCCAUCAUCCUUGUAGCAUGGAGUUAUAGUGUUGGAAAAGAGCUUUGAAGAUGAUGGCCUAAAAAUGGAAGUUGCUCUUGACUUUCUAGGUUCUUGACCAGGUAUGGGCCAACUUGGGCCCUUCCUCCAGGUGUUUUGGACUGCAACCCCCACAAUUCCUAAUAGCCGGUAGGAAUUGUGGCCCAAGUUGGCCCAGGCCUGCACAGUAGGGAUCCAUGGAUUUGUUAGGAUUCCCAUACCUGCCUGUAUUUGGAACUGUGAAUGUCUUAUAAAUAUCUGUAUCUAUACAUAUGAAUAAAAGUCCAAUUUGUUAAACCA